UUAAUGCGUCCACCAAGUCCUUCGUACUCGUAUCGACCUGGCCACCCUAUUGUCUCAAGUUUGGAGGUUGACAUUCAGUGUUUUAUUACUACUUUCUUCGAUAGAAUGGAGGGAAAUGUGGUGUUUGCUUCACGUGCGCGUUCUUCAAUAAGCGCACUGGUCUGUAUCUUUCGUGUCAAUCCCCUCGGACAUGGUAUCCUUCUCUCGUUUGACAAGGCUAGGCCUUAUCGACAAGUACCGCAAGGCUGUCGGCUAAACCGUGAGAUCUUCCUCGAACUUCCAGUUUGUCACCAUGUCUCGCCCCGAAGACCUCCUCCCGCCCGAUCUCUACUACAAUGACACCGAGUCUGCCAAAUACACCACCUCCUCACGUAUCCAAGCCAUCCAAGCGUCCAUGACCAACCGCGCCCUCGAACUUCUCGAUCUCGAUAACCCUUCCUUCAUACUCGACAUAGGCUGUGGCUCCGGUCUCUCCGGCGAGAUACUCUCUGAAGACGGCCACAUCUGGGUCGGCAUGGACAUCUCCCCCAGCAUGCUGGACAUCGCCCUGCAACGCGAGAGUGUCGAGGGCGAUCUCUUCCUCGCCGACAUGGGGCAGGGCGUACCGUUCCGCGCGGGCGCGUUCGACGCCGCCAUCAGCAUCAGUGCCGUCCAGUGGCUCUGCAACGCCGAGACCAGCGGUGUGAGCCCCGAAGGCAGACUCCGCCGGUUUUUCGACGGCCUGUACGCCUCGUUGCGAAGAGGAGGGCGCGCCGUGUGCCAGUUCUACCCGAAGAACGAGCAGCAGAGGACUAUGAUAAGUCAGGCCGCCGUACGAGCCGGUUUCGGCGCCGGCAUCCUCGAGGACGACGGUGGCACCAAGAACGUCAAGACCUAUCUCGUGCUGAGUGUCGGUGGUGGAGACAUCACGGGGACCGUGUCGAGGAUGGACAAUGUCGAUAUCGAAGACGGCCGCAGGAUGAGAGAAGCCAUGCACCGCAACGGACGGAAGGGGGAUGUCAAGGGCAGUAAACAGUGGGUCAUGAACAAGAAGGAGAAGAUGAGGAGCAAAGGAAAGGUCGUGAAGACAGACUCCAAAUACACUGGGAGAAGGAGAGGGCCCAAGUUUUGAACCAAGGAUGACCCUCAGACGAAGUUUACGAAUCGAAUGAUUCAAUGGACACGACCUUUUGGGCAUGGUGGGACUCUUUUUUUCUCCUCCCCACCAUCCUGCCGCCUUUCGCGAUGCUCUCUCUCAUCUUCUCUCCCCCUAGACGACAUCUGAACUGAGAUGAGAAAAGUCAGUGUCAACUCAUGAAGGAAGCGCUGAUGUAUACUGUGAGCGUGGCCGGAAGGCGGACAAAUUCGUGACGAGGGAUCGUCCACCAUGUACGGAGUUCCAGUCAAGCGUGUUGUCGACACAACGAAUGCCAGAGCAUAUCGACACCGUGCCUGGUCAGAAAAAGGAAAAGCCCGGCUUGCAGGAACCUGGCCAAGCCCUGUAUUACACUACGUUUCGAUAACCGGGACGCUUUCGACGAACCGGUUUUUUUGUGGACAUUGGUCAGGCUGGGUGCAAGGAAGACACCGUCAUUCUCGACGGUCGCGCGCAGUGCCUCCGCGAGGCUCGAAUCCACGACACGCAUCCAGGGCCAAAACGAAUGACCUCUCAGUUUGGACGGACCAAGCGAGUACCACAUAAAGUCUCGGACGGAGACGGGGAUAGAGAGACCUAGGCUGACACGACCCUGGACUCAAGAACAAAGAAAUAGGGCAAAUUAAAAGGCAGUGGUCAAAGUUCGAAAUGCUUAUACGUGGCCUCGUGUGUUCUCUUUUUUGCCCCUAUUCAACAAUCCGAUUCGGCCUCUUCUUAUGCUUUGGACCGACGAUACAUCAUGCAAUGACUUACGUGGGAGAAGGAAAAGGAAGACUUAGAUUCAUAUCCAAUUCGAGCUCAAGUAAUGGCACUUUCUCG